AUGUCGACUUCCAGCCCAAUCCACUUCUUCGACAUUAAGUCGGCCCUCUCUGGGUCGGAGAGGGCCUGGUCCCCCAACACCAUCAAGACCCGAAUGGCCCUCAACUACAAGCAGCUCCCCUACACGCAGACCUUCCUCUCCUACCCAGACAUCGCCCCCUUCCUCUCCCACAAGGGAGUCCGCCCUCAAGCCCAAGGCCGACCCUACACGCUGCCCGCCAUCUGCCACCCGGCCUCCCUCCCCGCCAGCCCCUCCGGCACGCUGAUGGACUCGCUCGCCAUCGCCACGCACCUUGAAGAAGCCUUCCCCAACACUCGAUCCCUAUUCCCCUCCGGUGACGCCAGCUACGCGCUCGCGCUGGCCGUCAGCAAGCUCAUGGGCGCCGUCUGGGUCAACGCCGUCCCCCUGAUCGUCCCCCGCGUCGCGGACUUCCUGGAUGCGCGGGGCCGCGAGUACUUCAUCAAGACGCGCUCGGCGCAGUUCGGGAAGCCCCUCUCCGAGGUCCGGCCCCGGGAUGCCCGCGAGGUGGAGCGUUUGCUCGACGCGAUGAAGCGGGAUAUGGCCGUGAUCGUGAUGAUGCUGCGGGGCCGGCGCGGGAACAAGGAGAACGACAACAACAACGGUGGUGGCCCGUUCUUUGAAGGGAAGACCCCCGGGUAUGCGGACUUUCUGGUCGUGGCUAUUUUGGCGUGGUUCCAGCGCGGGGAUAGGGCGGUUUGGGCGGAGCUGCUUGCGGUGGGGGAUGGGGAGGUCAAGGCGCUGUGGGAGGCUUGUUUGCCGUGGGUGGAGGGCCAGGGCGAGGAGAAGGAUGAGUCGGAUUGGGAGAUCCCUCGUUGA